CAGUGUUGAGUAGUGUGUGUGUGUGUGUGUGUGUGUGUGUGUGUGUGUGUGUGUGUGAGAGAGAGAGAGGGUUAGGGUUGCAGUAUGAUGGAAGCUGACAGCCAGUAGUUGAGUAACAUGUAAUUCCAUGGGGACUCGGGUCAGAAGCUCAGGUUUCGACACAUACAUGCCUGUAUCAUAUACGCCCUCCAUAAAAAAGUGUCAUGGUUAGGUUUCAGUCCCCCUCUAGACAGCACAAAGGGCAGGGGGCUUCUCUGGCUGCAGGUGAUGAUACAGUCCCAAUAAAUAGGCUACUUCUCAAUGACAUUACAUUUACUCUGUUAAAACCUUCCUCUUUACAGUAUGGCAAAGGCCAUCCGUGUAUAUAGUACAGUCCUAAGACACUGGAUGUCAAGUCACUCUAGUCUGUGCAGAAAUGGUAACUACCUGCCCAUGAAUACAUGAAUAGGGAUAUGACAAGUAAACUAAUGUCAGCUUACGCCCACAAUGUGCAUGAGUCAUAUUACUGUCGUGGUAGGGGUGGAGAGGGGCAAAGCAGAUGCAUGUUGGUAGUUUUCCAUAACAAUACCCGCAUUUGAAUAAGUGAGAGAGCUGAAUGAACCCAAACAGUGAAACUGCUGUCUGCUAUGGAAGAAACAAAACUAUACCUCUCCGGCUCAGACAAAAGGUGAGCUGCUGACGUCAUCAGCCAACGAUUGCCCAGACGAGCCCUGCUGCGCGAGACACAUGAAAAAUAAUGACAGCGUCAACACAGCCAUUAAAGCGUGAUUGGCCGCUGACAUUUCCUUGAUGGAUGCUUCGUCAGCUGACACCGGUAGCAUCCUGGACCACCUGACGGACAGGCUGGGAGCGAGAAGCAGGAACAUUACCAGGGAAAAGAGGAUUGUUAACCUGCGGAGUCAGUCUGCUAUUCAGUCUUUGACAGAAAGUAUCAACUGUCAUUUGCCUAAAUAUUGACUCAACCUCCAGGUCACGUACUGCUGGCUACAUGUUCUUAGUGGGACAGUGUUCGGGGACAAUAAUUAAUUGGCAAUUGCAUCCCUUUAGCCGUCUGACUUGCGGUGGACAAAGUUUAUAAGCAGUUGGGACAGGUCAUUCUUUGUCCGGGUGUGUGAAGGCAGCUCCUCUCCUCCUCUUCUGAAGGUGAAAACCACCCCCUCCAAAAAAAACAGCUAUUGCAUGUCCGACCACUCCCUUCUGUGCCAUACCGCGGGCAGAGUGAGGAGCAGCAGCCGUGGGGGACAUCCGGUGGGACAGCCAGUGAGGAGCAGCAGCCGUGGGGGACAUCCUGUGGAACAGCCAGUGAGGAGCAGCAGCCGUGGGGGACAUCCGGUGGAACAGCCAGUGAGGAGCAGCAGCCGUGGGGGACAUCCGGAGGGACAGCCAGUGAGGAGCAGCAGCCGUGGGGGACAUCCGGUGGGACAGCUAGUGAGGAGCAGCAGCCGUGGGGGACAUCCGGAGGGACAGCCAGUGAGGAGCAGCAGCCGUGGGGGACAUCCGGUGGGACAGCUAGUGAGGAGCAGCAGCCGUGGGGGACAUCCGGUGGGACAGCCAGUGAGGAGCAGCAGCCGUGGGGGACAUCCGGUGGGACAGCUAGUGAGGAGCAGCAGCCGUGGGGGACAUCCGGUGGGACAGCCAGUGAGGAGCAGCAGCCGUGGGGGACAUCCGGUGGGACAGCUAGUGAGGAGCAGCAGCCGUGGGGGACAGCCGGUGGGACAGCCAGUGAGGAGCAGCAGCCGUGGGGGACAUCCGGUGGGACAGCCAGUGAGGAGCAGCAGCCGUGGGGGACAUCCGGUGGGACAGCUAGUGAGGAGCAGCAGCCGUGGGGGACAUCCGGUGGGACAGCCAGUGAGGAGCAGCAGCCGUGGGGGACAGCCGGUGGGACAGCCAGUGAGGAGCAGCAGCCGUGGGGGACAUCCGGUGGGACAGCCAGUGAGGAGCAGCAGCCGUGGGGGACAUCCGGUGGAACAGCCAGUGAGGAGCAGAGAAAAUGGAGCGCAGCGCCACGUCUUCAACUGCUCCCAACCCAUCCCCCUCAAACUCGCUCCCCUCACCCCAAUGGCCCAGAGACUGCGCCCAUUGUCUCGGGAGCACAAAAGACUCAAAGUGAACAAAUGUGCCUUUCUGCUGUCCGGAUGGAGUGCGGAAGACAGGCCUGGGACACCUGAUCUAUCCCUCCAUCUGCACAGAGAAAGAGGCAGCCAGGGAGAGAAACUCACCGUUAGUCACCCCUGAACUGAUCCAAGAUCAGAACACUUAAAACAGUCAGUUGUGGGAGAGGAAAGGAGCAGGUCCAGAGGAGAGAUCUGGUGACCCUCGAUGGAAACUUUUUCACCCUCCAACUAAAUCUCUGCAUUAAUUGAGUGAGAACGAGAAAGAAAUGGCAGAGACAAAAUGGAGGGCGAAGCAGAAUAAGAGAGAAAGGAGAGAAACACUGAUUGAAAGACAGAGGGACAGAUAGGAGAAAGGGUGAUGGAGUGAGUGAGUUGUGUACUGUAGUACCGAGACUGUAGUAUUCAGCCCUCAGUGACUGAAAGACAAAUAUUAGUUUGUAACACUACUGCACUCUAAUAAAAAAAAUGUGGUUAAACAUCAAAUACA